UUUAUGACGUCACGUGACAGGCCGAAACCAGGAAGAGAAUCCACCCGCUGGUUGUUUCGCGUUCGGUGGAAGGACUUCUCUCUCCUGUCCUGUCCCGUCCCGUCCCCUCCCCCGAAAUAACCAGACACACGCGAGAUGGCAACGUUUAUUUCCGUGCCGCUGAAAAAGUCUUCGGACGUGGACUUGGUCAAGCCGCUGUCGAAAUACGUGACGUCCACAUACCCGGCGGGCGACGAGCAGGCGGAGUACAUCCGAGCCGUGGAGGAGCUCAACAAGCUCCGGCGGAACGCGCUGGGGAGGCCGCUGGACAAGCACGAUAGCUCCCUGGAGAUCCUACUCAGAUAUUACGACCAAUUGUGCGCUGUGGAGCCCAAGUUUCCCUUCAGUGAAAACCAGCUGUGCUUAACCUUCACGUGGAAAGAUGCCUUCGAUAAAGGCUCGCUGUUCGGCGGCUCCGUCAAGCUGGCGUUGGCCAGCCUGGGCUACGAGAAGACGUGCGUGCUGUUCAACGCGGCGGCGCUGGCCAGCCAGAUCGCCUCCGAGCAGAACCUGGAAAACGACGAGGGCCUCAAAAACGCCGCCAAAUACUAUCAGCUGGCCAGCGGCGCCUUCGGCCACAUCAAAGACACGGUGCUGUCGGCCCUCAACCGCGAGCCCACCAUGGACAUCGCCCCCGAAACGGCGGGCACCCUGAGCGUCAUCAUGCUGGCCCAGGCGCAGGAGGUGUUCUUCCUCAAAGCCACCACAGACAGGAUGAAGGACGCCGUCAUCGCCAAGCUGUCCAAUCAGGCGGCGGAGUUCUACGGCGACGCCUUCAAGCAGUGUCAGUACAAAGACAACCUGCCCAAGUAUUUUUAUUUUCAGGAAGUUCUGCCGGUGCUGGCGGCCAAGCACUGCAUCAUGCAGGCCAACGCCGAGCUCCACCAGAGCAUCAUCGCCAAGCAGAAGAAGCGCUUCGGCGAGGAGAUCGCACGUCUGCAGCACGCCGCCGAGCUGGUGAAGACGGUGACGUCGCGCUACGACGAGUACGUGAGCGUCAAGGACCUGACGGACAAGAUCAACCGAUCGCUCGCCGCCGCCAAGAAGGACAACGACUUCAUCUACCACGACCGCGUGCCCGAGGUCAAGGACCUGGAGCCCAUCGGCAAGGCGGCCUUGGUGAAGGCCGCCGCCGUCGCGCCGCCGCUCAGCCAGAAGUUCUCAGACGUGUUUGAGAAGAUGGUUCCCAUGGCGGUGCAGCAAUCCAUGAGCGUGUACGGCCAGCGCAAAUCAGACACGGUCAACAGACUGGUGGGAACCGUGCGGGAGGCCACCAACCUCUGCAACGGGGUGCUGGCGUCCCUCAACCUGCCGGCCGCUCUGGAGGAUCUCUCCGGAGACUCCGUCCCGCAGUCCAUUGUGGAGAAGGCUCGGUCCGUCGUGCGGCAGGGGGGGCUGCAGAGCAUCGAGCGGCUCAUCCGGGACUUGCCCGAGCUGCUCACCCGCAACAGGGAGAUCCUGGACGAGGCCCUGAAAAUGCUGGACGACGAGGAGGCGACGGACAACGACCUGAGAGCCAAGUUCAACCAACGCUGGAACAGGACGCCCUCCGGCGACCUCUACAAGCCGCUUCGCUCGGAGGGCGGCAACUUCCGCAACCUCCUGGACAAGGCGGUGCAGGCGGACCAGGUGGUGAAGGACCGCUACGACGCCCACUGCGACAUGAUCGCGCUGCUGUGCAAGCCCGAGAGCGAGCUGAGCGCCGCGCUGCCCUCCGCCAACCCCGCCAAGACGCUGCAGGGCAGCGAGGUGGUGGGCGUGCUGCGCUCGCAGCUGGCCCGGCUGGACGAGGUCAAGCGGGAGCGCGAGGCGCUGGAGUCCGACAUCAAGGGCGUGACCUUCGACAUGUCCGCCGCCUUCCUGGCGGCGCUGGCCAAGGACGGCGCCAUCGACGAGGAGCAGCUCUCGCUGGGGCAGCUGGACCGGCUGUACGGCGAGUACAACCGGAGGGUGCAGGCCAGCCUCAGCCAGCAGGAGGAGCUGCUGGCACAGAUUCAGACGUCGCAUCAGGAGUUCAGCGGCCUGAAGCAGUCCGACACGGAGGCCAACCAGCGAGAGGAGGUCCUCAAGAAGUUGGCCUCGGCCCACGACAGCUACAUGGAGAUCAGCAACAACCUGCGCGAAGGCACCAAGUUCUACAACGACCUGACCGAGAUCCUGCUCAAGUUCCAGAACAAAUGCUGCGACAUCGUCUUUGCGCGCAAGACGGAGCGCGAUGAGCUACUCAAGGAGCUGCAGCAGAGUAUCGCCCGUGAGCCCAGCGCCCCCAACUUCAACGUCCCCGCUUACCAGAGCCAAACCCCGACCCCCGCCGGCGGCCCGACCCCCGCGCCCAGGACCAUAUUCAACCAGGCCCCGCCGCAGACCCUCCAGCAGACCCAGCCCCCCGCCAGGCCGCCGCCGCCCGUCUUGACUCCGCAGACCGGACCGGCCGCCGCUCCCCCCGCCGGCACUCCCGCUGACAACCCUCUGCCGGUGGCACCGCCCUCCGCGGCGCAGGGACCCCCUUACCCCGCCUACCAGGGGUACCCGCAGUACUUCCAGAUGCCGAUGGGCUACAACCCGUACGCCUACGGCCAGUACAACGUGCCCUACGUGCCCUACCAGGCCGUCCCGGGCCAGGCGGGCUACCCGGGCGCCCCCCCGGCCGCUCAGGGCUACCCCGGCUACCCCCAGCGGCCCUCCCAGCAACCCUCGCAGCAGCAGAACUACUACCCGCAGCAAUAAACCCUCACCGACACAACAGCGCCCCCUAACACGUUUCUCCUUCUUUGCAGCAAGUUUUAUGCAUCUCUUUCCUUUCCUCUGGGAUCUUAAAGCACUUUUCUCCUUACUUUGACUGACACGCUAACACAAAAUGUCCGCCGUGCCGGACGACUUCCCCAGCGGGCGUACGGGUGCUGGUGUGUAGCCCCAAAAUCUCGCCCCUCUUUUUGUAGCAGCCUCGCUGAUGUACACACGUUUUUUUUUUUGUUUGUUUGUUUUCUAAUCUCGCUCCUCUUAAGCGCGGGCAACUUGGCCGUUAGCUCGCUUAGCCGCCCGCCCGCCCGCCACGUCGCAAUCACAAGCUGUACAACCGACAGACGUGCUGUUGUUAUUAAAUAUGAAUAUAUGUAUAAAACAAUAUGACUGGCUAA